AUGUUAGAAAAAGAAAUUUUGAAAUUUUCUUUGACCACUUCUAGGAAGUGGUCCAAAGUUAAUAGAAAUUAUAAAAAAUUUAUUAAAAAUAAUAAUGAAUCGCUUAAUAGUCGAUUUAAAUUACCUUCUAAUAAAAAAUCGACUUUAUCUAUUAUUGGUCGACCAAUUGUUCCAUUUCAAUCUUGUUCUAAAAGAACACAGAAACAAAAAAUGAAAAUCAUUAUUUCAAAUUCAAAUAUGAAUACGCAAGAAAUUAUGUACGUUGCAAAAAAUAAAAUGGUUUUGUCUGGCCAAAGAAGUGCUGCUCACUUAUUUGAGGAAGGUCAACUAUCUCCAAGUAGAGCUAAAAAAAUUAGAAUGAGACUUAAUUAUUCGAAGUAUCCAAUUCCUUAUACAGCAGAUGAAGCGUUGGCGUUUAUUAUUGAUAAUAAGCUCACUAAACAACAAUAUAUUAAUAUACGUCUGGGCUCAAAAAAAAGAAACUGUAAUAUAUAUCCAUCGUAUGAAAAUAUACGAAUGUCGAAAACAAAAUGCUAUCCUAAUAAUAUGGACAUUGGGGAAUCAAGUUGUAAAAUAUCACUUCAAAGUCUAUAA